AUGUCGGCUACCCCGACAACGGCGUCGGAGACGACGUCUCUGGCGUCGUCCCUGGCGUCUUCAGUGGCCUCGUCGCUAUCUACGGCCCUUUCUGCCACGAUAUCGGCGACCAUGAGCAGCAAUGGAACAAUCACCACCUCAUCGGCGUCGUCAACGACAGCAUCAAUAUCUACUACCGCAACUGCCAAUCCUAUCGGUGCCGCGCAAAGGUCCCAGGGCAUGACCCUUCUCGGUUUCCUCACUGCCUUGGCCACCGGUUUGACGGUCUUUGGCAUUCAGGUCCUCGCCUUCCUUCUUCUACGGAACAAGCUGGCACGUAUUUUCAAACCAAAGACAUACUUAGUCCCCGAGCGAGAGAGAACAGAUUCUCCGCCGGCUGCGCCAUGGAACCUGAUUAGCACUUUGCUUAAAUUCAGUGAUCGCGAAGUCAUCAAGAAGUGUGGUCUUGACGCCUACUUCUUCCUGCGAUAUCUCAGGGCUCUUCUGACAAUCUUCAUUCCGAUUGCUUGUGUGGCUAUUCCCAUUCUGAUUCCGCUUAACUACAGCGAUGGCAGGGGUCAUGAUUUUCUGAAUGAUGUGGAGUCCAACUCAACAAACAGUACCAACAGUACUUCAUCUACCUCGCGGCUGCUGGUUAGAAGCCUGCAGCUUUACAUUCGAGCCGAAUCAGACAGCAAUUCUACAGAGGACAGCAUACCGACGGGCUUGGAUACGCUGGCCUGGGGAAAUGUUGGACGAAAUCAUACAAAUCGUUACUGGGCUCACUUGGUCAUUGCCAUACUGGUCAUUGUCUGGGCGUGCACCGUUUUCUUCUUUGAGCUACGAGUAUACGUCAAGGUCCGCCAGGAUUAUCUUACCAGUGCCGAACACCGACUUCGCGCAUCAGCUACAACCAUUCUUGUUAGCGGUAUACCUUCCAAAUGGCUCACCGAGGAAGCUUUACUCGGCCUCUUCGACGUCUUCCCUGGCCAGAUCCGCAAUAUCUGGUUAAAUCGGAACCUCAACCGCCUGCUCGAGAAAAUCCAGCUUCGUGAGAAAAUCCACCUCAAACUCGAAGACGCUGAAACCGAGCUCAUUAAAGCUGCAAAGAAGAAGCAGCUGAAACGACGCAAGAAGGAGGAGAAAGCUGCUAGAAAACAGUCAAAGUCUAAGGGACCGACCAAGCAGGAGGAACUCCUUAGGAGGCAACGGGAGGACGAGGAAGCCCGGAAGAUGGCUGAGGGCAAUAACGGAAUCAGCUCUGGCGAGCACGAGGAAGUCCCUCAUGAUAUUGGCGCCGUCAUGGACGAGGAAGACUCCAAGUCGAGACGCUCCAGGCGAUCAAGCUCGUCGUCUUCAAGCUCUUCUGAAGACGGUGAUCGUCCCCAAUCCAAGGGCUUUGGGCUCAGCGUCAUUGGAGAUGGAUUCACCAAAGUCGGAAAGGGGCUGCUUGGUGGUGUCACCAAGGCGCAAAAAGAAAUCAAAGAGUUUGGCCAGGACGUCGAAGAUACCGUCGAGACGACCAAUGGAUUUGCGAUGCUACAGCCCAACGACCGCCCCCGCAAGGUUCAGAUCUUGGCUGAAGGAGAACGACCUGGGACAGCCAAGAGCGUCCGCAGCAACGGAGAGCAGCUGAAGCCGACCCCGACCGCCGACACCCACAAGACUCACUCCCGCAAUGCAUCCGCUGCAACCCAAGAUACGUCAGGCCCCAAGAACAGCUACGAGCCAUUGGGCAAUGGCAACACCGUGCGGAAAGUGAGCAACUUGGAUCACAUGUACGAUCAGGAAACCCGGAAAUUCUGGCAGUUCUGGAAAGCCCCGGCCGGUGGCUAUGCAUCGCCCAUUCCCCAAGGAUACAACUCCGGUGAAUUCCCUUUCAACCAGACAAAGGACAAGACGUUUUGGCAGGUGAUCAAGUCCUUCAUUCCCUUCAUGGGCGACGACGGCGAGGAUCCCGUAGAGUACCCUCCGUGGAGUGAAAUCGGCGACGACUACACGAAGAUCCUGGACGACGAGGCAGAGUGGCGCAAAUGGCUGAGGGAUAAGGAUCGCCCAACCCAUCGCUUGCCGCGCUGGGGCUUCCCUGACUGGCUCGCUUGGCUCACGUUUGGACGCAAGGUUGAUACCAUUUAUUGGUGUCGCCAAGAGCUCGCCCGGUUGAAUGUCGAGAUCGACGAUGAUCAAGCCCACCCUGAGCGCUAUCCUUUGAUGAAUUCUGCCUUCAUCCAGUUCAACCACCAAGUCUCGGCUCAUAUGGCUUGCCAAAGCUUGAUGCAUCACGUACCUAAACACAUGUCUCCGAGGAUCAACGAAAUUUCGCCUAAAGAUGUCAUUUGGGACAACAUGGCCAUGGAAUGGUGGGAGGAGUCUCUUCGAUCAGGCGUUGUCACAAUCAUCGUCACGGUGAUGGCUUUCUUCUGGGCCAUUCCUAUCGCCUUCUCGGCUACGCUUGCGAACGUCGACUCCCUCAUCGAGAAAUUUCCUUGGCUUAGCUGGAUCAAAGACAGCCCGAGCAUCAAGAAACUCGCUGGUGCUAUUGCCGGUGUCUUGCCCGCGAUUCUGCUCGCCCUCCUGCUUGUCAUUGUUCCGCUUAUUUUGGAACAGCUUGCUAUGGUCCGGGGCGUCAAGACCGGCACUCAAAGAGCCGAGUUUGUUCAACGAUUCUACUUCGUCUUCUUGUUUAUUCAAGUCUUCCUCGUCGUUUCGAUCACAUCCUUCUUCGUUGCGUCAGCAGACGAGUUUCUCCAGAAAUUUGAGCAGUUGCAAAGCGUGACUUUCAUUCUCGACACGCUGGCCACAAACCUGCCGAAAGCCGCCAAUUAUUUCUUCUCCUACAUGAUGCUGCAGGCGUUAUCUGUGAGCUCCGGUACGCUGCUUCAGAUUGGCGCCCUCAUCACAUGGUAUCUCUUGGCUCGUAUUCUCGACUCUACAGCUCGAGCCAAGUGGAAGAGAAAUACCACACUCUCGACCAUUUCUUGGGGACAAUUCUUCCCUGUGUACACCAACUUUGCAUGCAUCGGUCUGAUUUACAGCGUUGUCGCACCGCUGAUCUCGCUGUUCGCCGUUCUCACGUUUAGUUUGCUGUGGUUCGCUCAGCGUUACAGCAUGCUUUACGUCACGCGCUUCGAGACCGAUACAGGUGGUGUUUUGUAUCCCCGUGCCAUCAACCAGACUUUCACGGGAUUGUACGUGAUGGAGGCUUGUUUGGCGGGCUUAUUCUUCAUAGUGGUUGACCAGCACGGUAACAACGUUGCAACCGCUCAGGGUGUCAUCAUGUUGGUCGUACUGGGCUUCACGAUGCUGUAUCAGAUAUCGCUCAACUCUGCAUUCUCGCCGCUUUUCCGAUUCUUACCCAUCACAGUGGAGGACGAGGCCGUUAUCAGAGACGAGGCGUUCCAGCGCGCUCAGAACCGACGCCUCGGGCUGAUCGACGAUGACGAGGAUGACGAAAAGACGCCGAUGCGGGGUGGAGGUGGCGCAAGUUCGGAUCCUCGCGGCAUCGAACUCCAAAAGCUUAACGACGGUGGCCCGCAACGCAAGAACUCGACUAUGCGUCGUGUGAAGAACGUGGGCCACUGGGCGAAGGAAGGAGGCAAGCAUCUCCGCUCUAAGACGUGGAAUAUGGGUCCAGCUUCAGUGAAGACUGCCGCUGAAUACCGACGUCACCAACGCGACAAAGAUCUCGAGGCUCAACGGGCACUCGGAGAAGCGCUUUAUGGCGGGUUCCACGACGAAAUCGAAGACUUGACGCCCGAGGAGCGUGAUGUACUCGUUAGAAACGCGUUUCAGCACUACGCUCUUCGGGCGCGAGCGCCAGCGGUAUGGAUCCCCCGUGACGACAUCGGGAUCAGUGACGACGAGAUCAAGAGGACCAAGGAGUUUAGCGAGCAUAUCUGGAUCAGUAACGAGGGCACAGCGCUUGACAGCAAGGUUCGCGUAGUGUACGGGGCGAACCCUCCAGACUUUUCCGAGGUGGACAUUAUCAACCUCUAA